AUGACCAUAGCGGAUCUCGGACAAGCCAACAAACAAGAUCUGGAAGAAGAUGGAAGUACGGAGGAUAUGAUAGAUCUGGGAGGAAAGACUGCCGUGGAAGAGAAGAAAGUCAGGACAGAGGAGGAGGGUAGAAUAGAAGAACGAGGUGGGAUAGCACCUGAUGGGCAAGUAUUGCCGGAUUGGUUAUCAUACAUUCAAGUGACGACGACCAUCGAUGGAGAAGUUUUCACUACUGGUACCAUUGUGAAUUUACCUUUGACUUACUAUGGUCCUCCUAUUCCACUGGGAACAGACUGGGUUUAUGGAGGUUUAACUUCACCUGCGUCUACACCGACCGCAGCUUCUAUAGACCAAACGACUUCUGCUUCCCCUGUCAGCACUUCGACCGAGGAGAUCACUACGGCCCGAACGACAACUCGAUCCGCUUCUAGGAUAUCUUCACCAAGUCUGGCUACCAUAUCAUCAACUGUAUCGCAGACUACCCCAUUUCCUUCAUCUUCAUCAUCUUCAUCAUCGUCCCCUUCGUCGAGAUCCUCAGCUGUUUCACCCUCCUUCUCUACGUCCAGCACCACUCUCAGUCCCGUCUCAUCCACGUCAUCGGAUCCUCUCCCUAAUCCAUCCUCGACAACAGCAUCCUCCAUCUCUGCUCCGUCUCCCUCCAACUCCCCUAUUUCUUUUCACUCAUCCCACCUGAUCCCACUCCUGCCUGCCAUUUUGGUUCCUCUUCUGGCAAUCCUACUUCUUCUCCUACUGCUCUUCCUGUGCUGGCGUCGUCGAUCUACAUCCGGUUAUUCUACAUCUCUGCAACCUCCAAGAACCUCUAAAUUCUUCUCUGUGCCUCGCAGUGUCUCUAACCUUCGAACGCCAUUCGCUUCUUCCGCACCGGAUCCAAAGUCACCGGAUGAAAAGUCUGCCCUCCUCCCUGGCUUUCUGGCCCAGCACCAUCGACAGUCAUCCAGUAGCGUGGAGAUGGAUGAUGAGUUGGCGGGAUUGGUAAUACAGAACCAGUCACUUCUUCAUCGCCUAAAUUUGGGUCUAGGAAGAGGAAGACCCUCUUCUCGGAGGGUGAGUGGGAAUACGGUGGAAAAGACCGCGGGACUGGGACUUGGAGUCGGUCCUGCGGCAAGAAGGAGAACUUCAAAGGGCUUACCCCGAAAUGGUAGCGGUCAUAUAGAUCAAGCUGACCAGAUGGACGAGAAGGCCACAAGCAGGGGAGAUAAAUUUGUGACAGAUGGAAAGGCGAGAGGGGAUGUUUCGAUUGAACCCAGUGGUGAUGAUUCCGGUCCAAUAAGUUCUGGAAAUGAAGACAACCUAUUCUUCCGUCCUCCAGGUGAAACGAUUUCAUCUCAUGGUACGACAGAUGAAUCUUUCUCCAUACGUAGUAGUGGAGCCAGUAUCCCCAGUCGAACACGUUCCCCAAUAAGGACUUCAUCUCCUCUUUCAGGAGGAUUAUUUCCUUCUACCUCUCAACCAAAUCGAGCGACUUUCCUUGGUGUUCAACAUUCCUCCUACAGCUCCCAGAAAGGUAACAAAACUGACGACUCAAGAGAAGAAGGGAGUAAGAGUAGUGAUAGUCAUUCAAGUUCUUCAGGAACUAAAUCUUCGUCUUCAAAAAUUCGUCCUUCUAGAUUAUCAAGAGAAUUAGCUCAAUCCAUCUCCCCAGGUAGAUGGCCAUGGGGAACUAAAGGACCAGGAUCGAAUUCAACUCAAAGUAGACAAAGUUCUUAUAGUAUCAAUAAUACUAGAGGGCAGCGUGGAUUGAAUAAUGGACAAGGAUCACAUAGUACUGGAAGCGGAGGAGGAUCUCAUAGUACGAAUAGUGGGUCAGGUUGGAAUGUUGGAGUACCAGAAACACCUUCUACGGGAGCUAUGUUAGAUGGUGAUACUGGUGAUUUGGGGGAGUUCGGAGGUAGAUUAAGAACUAGAUGGGGGGAAGAAAGAUUAAGGUUUCCUGCUCCUCCUGGAUUAGGGAGAGAUAGUUGGGUAGGGACUGAAACGGAGGAAUCAUAUCAUACGGCUCUAUCCGGAACAUCCUCCAAUCCACCUUCAUCCACCCCUUACCUAGGUCAACCAAUCUCACGAGACGACCCCUCAUACGCUCGUGCACCUUUAUCAGCAUUCGGUACACCUAAUCCUUCUCCACCAAGAUUAAUCUCUCCCGCUCUUCCUUCCACCCCAUCUCCCGGUGCUGUAAAUACCGUUCUCCAUUCAAAAGGAGAAUUAACGCCACCGGUACCACAAUUACCAAGAGGAUCGAGUCCUCUGUCUAUUCUUCUACCUAGAAGAGGAUCUACUCCUCCGUCUCUUCUUUUACCUAGAAGAGGAUCUACUCCUCCUUCUAUUCAAUUACCUAGAAGAGUCUCAACAUCCUCAUCUUUGCUGCCACCUCAACAUUCUUCACCUCCACCAAUACCAAGAAGUAGAAAAACCUCUUCGCCUGAACGACACACCAGGAACGUUUCUCCAGAAAGGGAACCUUCACCAUUACGCAACGUUGUCAUUUAUCCGUCCCGGUUAUCUUUCCCCUCUGUUCCUACUCAACCCUCAAGGUUGACCGAUGGUCAAGUCUCAAAUCUUGACAAUUCACCGCCGAAAGAUCGGUCAGGAGUAUCACUCGGUCAGCCAUCUCAGACUACGUCGAAUGUCGUCAACUCCUCCAUUCCCCCGGACCCUAAAAGUGGUAUACCUGAAGCCUCGACCACGAAUCCACAACCUAUGGAAAGAAAAAUCUCUUCCAGGAUAAUUGCUGCUGAAACGAACCCACACAAUGUUCGUGUACCACUACGUGCAGCGGAGAAAGAGAAAGAAAAAGAGAUACCUAAAGCGACAGGAUCAAGAACAAGUUGGUCUUUUAUAGCUCAUGGUAUAUGGGGUACUUCAUCAACUUCUGAUUCUGGACAUACUCGUGCAUCUUCAGAGAAAGUCGGAGGGACAGAAGAUUCUCAUUACACAUUAGGUCCAAAAGUCACACAUCCAAUGUUACGACAAGGUGGAAGAGUUGAGUCUAUCGAUUCGGAUUAUCAUACUGGAGAAGAAGAGAGUUUAAUCUCUCAUGAAAAUACUUCUGAACUAUCGGAAGUUCUUCAUGAACAACCGGAUAAAUCGAAAACCCCUCAUGAACAGACCAAGAAUCCUUUCACUAAACAAGUCGGAAAGAUGAAUGUGACAGACGACCGAACAAACGAAGAAUUAGUGAAGAGAAGAAAGAUUGACACUGCUCAGAAGGGCACUGAAGAAAUCCAAGAAAGAUUGAAUGUCGCUCCACCUUUAUUUCAACUUGGCAAUGGAAGUAUAGGAUCAGAAGAAAGACCUAGAGAAAGUUUUCAAGGAGAACCAAGAGUUGUGAGAGAGGAAAAAGGUGUGAGGGUGGUUGAUGAUAUUAAUGAAUUCGGAGUUCCUUUAAGGUCUGUUAGUAAUCCUGUCCAAGUAUCAAGAGAAACAACACCUUCGAAUCAUAGUCAAGAAGGAUCUAUUCAUUCUGCCGCUCAAUCUUCCGGAUCGGGUCAUUCACAAGAUGUCGAUCCGGUCAAAGCUAUACGUGGAAGACGAAGUCAAGGAACCGUUCUUCGGACAUCUGGUUUAGUCCCUCCUCGUGAACAACAAAAAGCGUAG